UUGUGAGUUUUUUUUGAAUAUUUUGUGGCCUAAACGAAACACAUAAACAAGAAAAAUACGGUUAACAAUUGGAGAGAGGGUAACGGAGAGGAAGGAACGUAGAGAAAAAGGAGGGGUGUCGAUUAGAACCCGAUAUCGACAGCCGAUAUCGAUAUCGGGUUCUGAAAACAAGGACGCUGGCUAGCGGAGAAAUUACUGGGGAGCAGAGGCGUCAACAAAACCAGUCUCCAUUAUAUAAAGACAACUGAACAACCAUGGUAAUCUGAAGCAAUACGCGAUUUCUGGCGAUAUUCAUCAGAGGAAGAAGAGAAGGUCUCUCCUCAUCUUUACGAAGACAAUGCAAGUUUCAGAAGAGGUCUGUUCACCGCUAGAGGAUGAAUUGCUAUUCUGUGAAGAAUGUAGGUUAUAUUUCCGUGAGGCCUGCCCACACCAUGGUGCUCCAACAUUUGUUAGUGAUACCCCAGUCCCAGAAAAUGUGCCUUCACGAGCUGUACUGUCUCUGCCAGAAGGACUGGUGCUGCAGGAGAGAGGCUCUGGAGCAACAUCAGCAGGAGGCAGUAUUGGAGUAUGGAGUUCAUUGCCAACCCUUCCACCUGGCUGGAUAUUUGGACCAUAUGAAGGGGAAAUACUUCUAGAUAAACAAGAUUGCACUUUAUAUUCCUGGGCGAUCAAGGAAAACAGUUCUUAUUUUUACAUUGAUGCAACAGAUGAGUCAAAAUCAAAUUGGAUGAGGUAUGUGGCAUGUGCUUCAAAUGAAGAAGAGCAUAACCUUACUGUUUUUCAGUAUCGUGGGCGAAUUUAUUAUCGGGUAUGCCAGCCCAUUGGAGCAGGGACUGAGCUUCUGGUGUGGAUUGGAGAAGAAUAUGCUCGCACACUGGGCCUUAAAUUAGGAGAACACUUCAAAUAUGAGUUUGGAGAAAAAGAACUGCUGAUGAAGCUUUUCCAAGACUUGCAAGUGAAACCACCUCUUCCAAGCACUACUGGCACUAGUAAUUCUAGCACUGGCAGUAACCAUCAUGAACACUAUAGUGAAAUUGUUUCCUCUAUCAUACAGGCACAGAAGGCUAGCUACCAGUCAGUCCAUCCUUCAUCGUCAGCAGGAUCUAAUGCAGGCACAGGAACAACUGGAGGAACGACCAGUGGAACUGGAUUCAAUUUUUUAGAUGGCACACAGAAUCUAGUAAGUUUAGGACGUGCUCAGAGCCGUUAUUGGACAUUUUUUUGGUUUCCAAGGGGAUGCAUAUGGAAGGAUUUUGGACAAAACAAAAAUCAUCUGCAAAUUGUGUGGCGUGAGAUUAUCUUAUAGUGGUAACACUACCAAUUUACGCCAGCAUCUGAUUUAUAAACAUCGUCCAGAAUACAAUGAGCUAGUUGGCUCUCAGUCAGCUUUGCCAUCAUCUUCUAAAUGUUCAGAAACCUCGGCUUCUCCUUCAUCUGCUGGUGGUACUGGAGGAGGAUCGUCUCGUAGUGAAUAUGCAUCAAGUGUUAGCGGCUCAGCCAGAGCAGUACAAAGUAGCAGUAACACCACAGUGCCAAUUGUGCGGGCAACUCAAGCCAUUGCUGACUUUUUGGUGAAAGACCUUCUUCCAUUAGAAACAGUGGGAUGGGGAGGGUUUUUUUGCAAAUGAUGGCAAUACUAGAGCCAUCAUAUAAAGUCCCGGCAUCAUCCUUUCUAGCCAACAGUGUUUUAAAAGAGGCCUACAUGCAGUACCGUAUAAAGUCUGCUGAUCUGAUAAAGGGGCCUGUGUCAGGAGGUACACCUAGGAGCUGUGCCAUCAGUAUUGACUUAUGGACACAUGGCACUCAGGAUGCCAGUUCCUCUCGACGCCAGUAUGUAACUCUGCUUGCUCACUUUGUGGAUGAUGCCUUUGACUACCAUAACUUGGUACUGACUAGUCGGCCAGUAUUAGGAAACCUGAGUGCUGAUCUCUUGCAAGAUAUUGCUGGAGAGUGGGGGAUUGAGACUCCCAGUUAUGCAGUUAUUGGUGAAGGGUAUUUGCCACUGCCACAGUGUAGGCCUGUGCACUGGUAGAGAUAGUUGCACUUUUGUAGAUUCAGCUAUCACAGCUUUAAAUUUAGCUGGUUGGAAAUCUAUUCCAUGUGCUGGGGCAGCUCUUCAGCGCUGCAUGGAAACUGUCCUGAGGCGACAAGAUAUUUUGAGGACUCUGGAAAGAAGUCGAGAGCUUGCUGAAAGGUUACUGUCAUCCUCAGAAGAAACCCAGCAACAGUUUUUUCGUGGAAGAGAUCCUUUUCUUCGAACACAGCUGAAGAUGCUAUCUCGUGAAGGAGCACAUUGGUAUGAUAUUUAUGGGCUGGCCCAGUGCUUAACUGAUCAUCGUCUUUUACUGAGCAGCUUGCGAGGAAUUGGUGGGCAAAGCUCUCCUUUGGAAAGCCAGGACUGGAUGGUGCUGAAAGAGCUGGGGGAUGUAGUAAAGCCAUUAGCAGUGGCAACUAGCACUUUGUCCAAGGACAGAUUCUCUAGCCUUUCCCUGGUAAAACCUGUCUUAACAAGCUUGAUAUAUAAGCAUUUGGCCCCAUCUGAUGCAGAUUCAGACUUCACAAGAGAAGUCAAAAAAUCUCUAAGGGAUGAUUUGACCCAAAUUUAUGCUGAUCCAGAAGUCAAUCAGACUUUGAACUUGGCCUGUGCUUUGGAUCCCCGUUUUAGAGGUUUAGAUUUUCUCAGUCAAGUUGAUAGAGUUGAAACAUUUCAUUUAUUGAAACGGGAAGCUUCAGAAUUGGCCAAAUCACCUAGAAGGUCUUUAGGAAGCUUGUCUGUUCAAAAUGGAAAAAAGGAAAUAUUUAAUGGUACUGAUGCACCAGAACUUGGAGGACAUGCACCUUCUGCAAAGAAGGCAAAGCACACAUCUGGAAUCGAGUUUCUCCUUGGCGACCUUUGCAGUGUUCGUAGCAGCUCUGUAGGUUCUGCUUGUCAGCAAGCAGAGCAAGAAAUAGGCAGUUUUCAGACUAGUGAAGCCUCCUCUUUAUGCCAGGAGCCACUGAACUGGUGGAAAGUGCAUCAUGCACAAUACCCCCUGCUGGCCAGGGCAGCUCGGAAGCUACUGGCAGUGCCCGCAACAGUGGUGCCUGGUCCCUGGUUGUUCACAGAGGCUGGCGCUGCCAUAUAUAGAAAACGUGCCGCCCUUUCUGCUGAGCACGUGGACAUGAUGGUUUUUUUUGCAUGGAAAUUAUGCUGGUGGUGUUGGUUCUAGUGACUGCAGCAGUAAUAGUGGCAAUAGUGCCAUUUGACUUGUUAAGAAAUCUUUAUUUAUACAUUAAUGUUCUUAAUAAGUUAUAUUGACUGAUAUCUUUUCAAAUCUUAGUGUAGAUUGAGCAAUUUAACUGCUCUUAUUUUUACAACAGAGUACUUAAUGAAAGGUUUAAUCAUGCCUUUUUAAGCUUUGUUAUCCAGCAUACUUCAUAUUAGCCUUUGUGUACUCACAGUACAUGGGUUUAGAAAUAUUCUAAAAUACAGUGUUCUUUUCAGUAUGAUAAUAAUAACAGAAUGAUUUUACUGCUAUUGCAUUGGAAACACAUACACUAACAGAUGCAUAGGCCUGCCCUGCCCUUUUUGAUGAUGCUCUAAAAUAAUUUUUCUACAUAGAUGUUUUUGGUUCAAGUCUCUUACUUAAAUAAGAAAACAUUUGAUGUUCCAUUUGUACUUGCUGUCAUAAGCUUACAUGUCUUCAUUUUAAGGAGUCUAUAGCUACAUUAAGGCAGGAUAAGUAUACACAACAGAACUGAAAUAUUACAUCAAACCUGAGGUCAAUUAACAUAUAUCUCUUUUUAGGUUUGAAUCACUGUGUCGUACUGAAUUACUUAGAUCCUGCAUCUUUACCUUGGGUAGUUGGAGUUUCUUAUUGUAUAUGUAUGUUUUGUAGCAGCUCAGCCAUAAUCUGGCCCUUCCUCGAGGACUGAAAAAGCCAGAUCAGUAUCUUCCUCAGUAGCAAGGAGAUAAAUAAGGAAUCUGCAGCACACAAUGGUUGUCUAAAUGUGUGAUAGGAAGACUGCAUUUGAAUGAGUGUUCAAUUCUCCCAUGACUUUGCACAUUGUUUGCAUGUGCACCUGAAAAGCAGCAUAAAUAGGUCUGGAUUGUUCUCAGAAUUGGAAGGUUAAACAAUAAUAGAGAAGCUUUGAAAAUUACAAUAAUAUAUUACAAAAGAUAUUAAAUCCUAACAUGUAAACAGAAUGAAAUGUUUAUUUCUUUUAAUCCUUAUAUAAUUUAGUGCAAUCUGUCAGCUUUGUUCCUUCUUGAUCAUGUAACAAUCAUAUGCUAAAAGAAACAAUCAUGAUGUAAUUUACUUCUAUCUCUCUCUCUAUAUAAAAUCCAGUGUCUUCCUGUCUGUAUGUCUGUCCGCUUUUCACGAGAGAACUACUUAACAAAUUUAGAUCAGGAUUCUUUCUAGAAUUUGCUUGAACAUUCCGGUUGAUUUUGCCUUGUUCACAUCCUUUUGCUGAAUGUGGAAAAAAGAAAAAUCCAAAAUCUUAAAAAGUUUGUUAAAUUGUCACUUGUAGCAUUUUACUAUUAUAGUUCAUAUAAUUGGCAUGUAGAUUAUUUACAAUUCAUUGUUCUGACGGAAAGUACAAUACACAUUUUUUGUAUUCUUUCUGUAAUUAAAAUAACAACGUAAUUUACACCCAUCAUAGUCCUAUCUGGUUGCUGAUUUAGACAAUCCUUUAGUUUUCCUAUUUGAAUGUUGUGUUGAUUGUAAGCCAGCUGUAUGAAGCACUUAAUUAACUCCUUAGUGUAAUGCCCAAGUUUCAACAGGAUACCCAUACUUAUAUGUGGCUAUUCCUUGCAUAUGUGAGACUUCUUAAUCAGGAUUGUCUAGUAUAUAGCAUCACCACCUCAACCAUAUAGACCUAUUCCCUUACCUGGGUGUGUGCAAACUCGGUGAUAUGUUCAUAUGCAUUUUGUAUAUAACAGUGCAAACUUCUGGAUUUUUUACAUAUUUGGAACAAAUGUGUAACAUUAUGCAAGAUGUCCCGUGUUUUCUAUUGAUGACACUGUUUUUCAGUACACAUUUCAAAUAUGAAAGCAGAAAGUCUGUCUUUGUUUUGCAGACCUUUACAUCUUCCAAUGUAAUUUUUUAAUCAUCCUUGGUUUUGUUUCUUCUUCCUUUCACAUUUUCAUUCUUCUUCUUUCAGCUGCUCCCAUUAGGAGUUGCCAUAGCAGAUCAUCUUUUUCCAUCUCUUCCUGUCCUCUGCAUCUUGCUCUGUUACACCCACCACCUUCAUGUCAUCUCUAUACCCAUCCAUAAACCUUCUCUUUGGCCUUCCUCUUUUUCUCUUGCCUGACAGCUCUAUCCUUAGAAUCCUAUUCCCAAUAUACCCAGCAUCUCUCCUCUGCACAUGUACAAACCUAGCGCAAUCUCGCCUCUCUGACUUUGACUGCAAACCGUCCAACCUGAGCUGACACUCUAAUGUGCUCAUUUCUAACCGUGACCAUCCUCGUCACACCCAAUGCAAAUCUUAACAUGUUUAACUCUGCCACCUCCAGCUCUGUCUCCUGUUUUUUGUUCAGUGCCACCGUCUCCAACCCGUAUAACAUAGCUGGUCUCACUACCAGCCUGUAGACUCUUGCUGAUACCCGUCUGUCACAAAUUACUCCUGACACUCUUCGUCACCCAUUCCACCCUGCUUGCACUCUCUUUUUCACCUGUCUUCCACAAUUCCCAUUACUCUGUACUGUUGGUCCCAAGUAUUUAAACUCAUCCACUUUCGCCAACUCUACUCCCUGCAUCCUCGCCAUUCCACUGACCUCCCUCUCAUUUACACACAUGUAUUCUCUCUUGUUCCUACUGACCUUAAUUCCUCUCCUCUUUGAGGCAUAUCUCCACCUGUCUAGGGUCUCCUCAACCUGCUCCCUACUCUCGCUACAGAUCACAGUGUCAUCAGAAAACAUCAUAGUCCACGGGGAGUCCUGUCAAAUCUCAUCUGUCAAACUGUCCACCACCAUUGCAAAUAAGAAAGGGGCUCAGAGCCAAUCCCUGAUGUAAUCCCACCUCCAUGUUGAAUGCAUCCAUCAGUCCUACCACUCCUCACCACAUUCACAUUUCCCUUGUACAUAUCCUGUACAACUCUUGCAUACUUCUCUGCCACUCCCGACUUCCUCAUACAAUACCACAGCUCCUCUCGAGGCACCCCUGUCAUAUGCUUUCUCAAGGUCCACAAAGAGACACAAUGAAACUCCUGGCCUUCUCUAUACAUCUCCAUCAACACCGUCAUAGCAAACAUCGCAUCUGUGGUGCUCUUUCCUAGCAUGAAACCAUACGGCUGCUCACUAAUCAUCUCCUCCCUUCUUAACCUAGCUUCCAGUACUCUUUCCCAUAACUUCAUGCUGUGGCUCAUCAAUUUUAUCUCCCUGUAGUUACUACAGACCUGCACACUCCCCCUAAUUCUUAAAAAUCGGUAGCUGUACACUUCUUCUCCACUCUUCAGGCAUCCUCUCACUUUCCAAUACUCCUUUAAACAAUCUGGUUAAAAUCUCCACUGCCAUCUCUCCUAAACACUUCCAUGCUUCAUCUGGACCGACGGCCUUUCCAUUCUUCAUCAUCUUUAUAGUUGUCUUUUCUUCCACCUUGCUAUUCCGUUGCAUUUCCUGAUUCACUAUUGCCACAUCAUCCAACCUUCUCUCUCAUUCUCUUCAUUCAUCAGGCUCUCAAAGAUCUCCAUCUGCUUCCAUCAAUUUCCAUCUGCUCAACACACUCUCCUUGCUUGUAUGUUUCCGUCUUUAUCCUUUUUCACCCUAACCUGCUGCACAUCUUUCUCAGCUUGGUCCCUCUGUCUAGCCAAUAUUCACAGGUCCUUUUCUCCCGCUUUAUUGUCCAACCUCUCUUACAACUCAUCAUACACAUUUGUGUUAGCCUUCACCACCUCUGUCUUCACCUUACACCUUUUUUCUUUGUACUGUUGUCUACUUUCUGCAUCUCUCUGACUAUCCCACUUCUUCUUCCUCAACCUCUUUCUCUGUUUACUCUCCUGUACUUCCCCAUUCCACCACCAGGUUUCCUUUUUCCUCUGUCCAGAUGGCACUCCAAGCACCUUUCUUGCUGUCACCCUUACUGCUUCUGCUGUAGUUGCCCACCUGUCUGGCAACUCUUCACUACCACCUAGUGCCUGUCUUACCUCCUCCCUGAACUCAGCCUUGCAGUGUUCCUUUUUCAACUUCCACUGUCUGAUACUUGGCUCUGCCCUUACUGUCUUCCUCUUCUUGAUCUCCAAUGUCAUCCUACAGACCACCAUCAUAUGCUGCCUAACUACACUUUCCCCUGCCACCACUUUGCAGUUUUCAAUUUCCUUGUGGAACAUAUACACUAACAACAUUCAUCAUCACACCUUCAAUGUCCAGCUUCAAUCCGCUCCAAUCACCACUUUCUAUCCCUUGGGUACACUGUCCAUCACUUCAUCCAAUUCACUCCAGAAAUCUUUUUUCUCAUCCAUCACACAUCCAAGUUGUUGGGCAUAUGCACUAACAACAUUCAUCAUCACACUUUAAAUUUCAAGCUUCAUAAUCAUCACUCUGUCUGACACUCUUUUUACCUCUAAAAUACUCACUGUUCACAUACACAUACUGUUCCAUCAGAUUAACCCCUACCCAGUUUCUCCUCCCCUCCACACAAUGAUAUAGCAAUUUGAGUCCACCUCCGAUCCAUCUGGCCUUACUCCCCUUCCAUUUAGCAAUGUUUUUGGACUCUGUUGCCAUUUUUUUUCUUUAAUGCCAUUUUUACAAUUCUUUAGCAGGUAUUUAUUUAUUGUUUUUCUUCUUUUAGAUUGGGUACUUUCUGAAUAUCCUAACACUCCACCUGUCACACUCCAGUCUAGACUGCUCUCCCCACUAUUGAUUAGUUAUAUAUAUAUAUAUAUAUAUAUAUAUAUAUAUAUAUAUAUAUAUAUAUAAAUACAUUUGGAUACAUAUAUAAUAAGUUUUCAAGAAAUGUUCAAUUUAAAUUGAAACUGGCACACAAACCCACAAAAUAAUGCCUAGCAAAAACAUGAAUGAAAGGCCUGCAAUUGUCAGAUAAGCCUUCAGAGUGAAUAAUAAAGCUCUGUGGAAUGACUGAGUAAACUAGCUGAUGUCUGUUAUGGAACAUAUUUAUUGGAAAAAUCCAAACCUACACAUACAGAAUAAUCCAAAAUACUCCAAAUAUGAAAUUCUAUGUAAAGACAUGCUUUAUUUUAAUGCAGAUGAUUUUUCAAGAAUAAACCCAUUUGCAUAUCA